AUGGCUCCUCUACCGGUUGAACGAGUACAAAUGGUUCCAGCCUUUACCAACGUUGGACUUGACUUCAUGGGUCCAUUAUAUCUUAAACAGAAAUUGCAAGCAAAGGGGAAACGGGAGACCACCAAGGCUUAUGUUUGUAUCUUUGCGUGCGAGGAUUCCAGAGCAGUCCACUUCGAGCUAACGAACAAUAUGACUACUGAAGAAUUUCUGCAAGCCUUUCGUCGCAUGGCAAAUCAAAGGGGAAUGCCACAUACCAUACGUUCUGACAACCAAACCACCUUUCACAAGGCAGCUCGAGUAUUCAGCGCUUCAAAACAGAAAUUGAAGCUAACGCAAAUUGAUCCUAAAGUUGUGCAAGAUCGAUUGGAAAACGACGGCGUGGUUUGGAAAUUUAUAAUGGAGAGAGCAAGUCAUCAUGGGGGACACUGGGAACGAGUGUGUCAACAGUUAAAGGAGCCAUUGAGAAAAGUUCUCGGAAAGUCGUUAUUAACUUAUACGGAAAUGUUGACUACAUUAACGAACAUUGAAGCGAUAAUAAAUUCUCGACCCUUGACAUAUAUUGGAGAUGAUAUUCAGGACGGAGUCAUCAUAACCCUGGCAUUACUGGCACUCAAUCGACAAUUAGGUGAAGUUCCAGAUCACCUUGCGAAGAGUUCCACGAUAUCUCUUAGUGAUCAGUAUCGUUAUCAACAACGGCUUCAACAACAUUUUUGGUCGCGCUGGCAAAAGGAAUAUCUACCGAGGCUAACCAUGCGUCAAAAAUGGCUUCAGAAAAUGGCACCAUUAAAGCCAAAGGAUACGGUUUUGGUUUCCGAUGAUAACCUUCCACGAGGCAAGUGGCAGCUUGGCAAAGUAGAAAACACUUUUCCUGGGAGAGAUGGCUUAAUCCGAACAGUGUCCGUUCGCACGAAGAAAGGAGUCAUUAACCGUCCAAUUCAAAGAAUACAUUUACUAGAGAACCAUUACGACUUGUUACAGAGGCAAAAUAUGAGUGCAUCUGGAAAAGCAACGUCUGUUAAUAAGAAUGACAAUUUGCCAUUGGCUGUGGAGGAUGUUCCGGUUUACCGAUCUAGAUAUGGCCGAUUAAUCAAGCCUGUUGUUUCAAAUUGA